CCCGGCGCCCCGGCCAUGGGAGCUCCGCGGUCCCGGGCCGCCCGCGCCUGGGUCGUGUGCUCCCGCGCCGCGCUGCUCGCGCUGCUGGCUGCGCUCCCGGCCGCCCCGGCCGAAGCCCCGUACCUGGUGCGCGUGGACGCGGCCCGCGCAGUGCGGCCCCUGCGGCACUUCUGGAGGAGCACGGGCUUCUGUCCCCCGCUGCCACACAACCAGGCCGACCAGUACGUCCUCAGCUGGGACCAGCAGCUGAACCUCGCCUACGUGGGUGCUGUCCCUCACCAUGGCAUUGAGCAGGUCCGGACUCACUGGCUGCUCGACCUCAUCACAGCCAGGGCAUCAGCUGGGCAGGGCUUGAGCUACAACUUCACCCACCUGGACAAGUACCUGGACCUUCUCAGGGAGAAUCAGCUCCUCCCAGGAUUUGAGCUGAUGGGCAGCCCCUCGGGACUCUUCACUGACUUUGAGGACAAGCAGCAGGUGUUUGCGUGGAAGGACCUGGUCUCUCUCCUAGCCAGGAGAUACAUUGGGAGGUAUGGACUUGUGCAUGUUUCCAAGUGGAAUUUCGAGACAUGGAAUGAGCCGGACCACCACGACUUUGACAACGUCUCCAUGACCACGCAAGGCUUCCUGAAUUACUAUGAUGCCUGCUCCGAGGGGCUGCGUGCUGCCAGUGCCGCUCUGCGGCUGGGCGGUCCUGGUGACUCCUUCCACGCCCCGCCGCGUUCUCCGCUGAGCUGGGGCCUCCUGGAGCACUGCCACAGCGGCACCAACUUCUUCACGGGGGAGCUGGGCGUGCGGCUGGACUACAUCUCCCUCCACAAGAAGGGUGCGGGCAGCUCCAUCUACAUCCUGGAGCAGGAGAAGGCGGUAGGGCAGCAGAUACGGCAGCUCUUCCCCAAGUUCGCUGACACCCCCAUUUACAACGACGAGGCGGACCCACUGGUGGGCUGGUCUCAGCCGCAGCCGUGGAGGGCCGACGUGACCUAUGCAGCCAUGGUUGUGAAGGUCAUCGCCCAGCACCAGAACAUGCUAGUGGCUAACACCAGCUCCUCCGUCCACUAUGCGCUCCUGAGCAACGACAACGCCUUCUUGAGCUACCACCCACACCCCUUCUCGCAGCGCACGCUCACCGCACGCUUCCAGGUCAACAACACCCGCCCGCCCCACGUGCAGCUGCUGCGCAAGCCGGUGCUCACGGCCAUGGGGCUGCUGGCUCUGCUGGAUGGGGAGCAGCUCUGGGCUGAGGUGUCACAGGCUGGCGUGGUCCUGGACAGCAACCACACAGUGGGCGUCCUGGCCAGUGCCCACAGCCCGGAGGGCUCUGCUGAUGCCUGGCGUGCCACGGUGCUGGUCUACGCAAGUGACGACACCCUCGCCCACGCCAACCGCAGCGUUGCAGUGACCCUAAAGCUGCAUGGCGUGCCCCCUGGCCCAGGGCUGGUCUACCUCACACGCUACAUGGACAACCGGCUCUGCAGCCCCCAAGGCGAGUGGCAGCGCGCUGGCCAGCCAGACUUCCCCUCCGCGGAGCAGUUCCGGCUCAUGCGUGCAGCUGAGGACCCUGUGGCCACAGCACCACGCCCUUUCCCCGCCAGUCGCCACCUGACCCUGCGCCCAGAGCUCCCGCUGCCCUCGCUCCUGCUGGUGCAUGUGUGUGCACGCCCAGAGAAGCCACCUGGCCAGGUCACCCGGCUCCGUGCACUGCCCCUGACUGAGGGGCAACUGGCUCUGGUCUGGUCGGAUGAGUACGUGGGCUCCAAGUGCCUGUGGACAUAUGAGAUCCAAUUCUCCCAGGAUGGUAAGGUGUAUACCCCGGUCAGCAGGAAGCCAUCAACGUUUAACCUCUUUGUGUUUAGCCCAGACACAGCUGUUGUCUCGGGUUCCUACCGAGUUCGAGCACUGGACUACUGGGCCCGGCCAGGCCCCUUCUCGGACCCUGUGUCAUAUCUGGAGGUCCCUGCCCCAGGAGGGUCACCAGCCCCUGGUGACCCGUGAGCCUGUGCUGACUAGUGACCUGGGGCAGCGGGCCAGUCAGUCAGCCUUCAGCACCAUCUGUUCCAUCUUGCUCCGUCAUUGCUUUUAAAGUGCCUUUCCACACGCCA